CAUUCUUAUUCUUAUUCUUAUUCCAUUCUCUUUGAACUACGAAAGACACGUAUUCCAGACGCCAUUGUGGUGUACCUUCUCCACCUCCUCCACCACCAUCAAUCCGGCCUCUAUCAUCAUCAACUUUCUCCACCACCACCACACAAGGCAACAUCUCACAUCUCACCUCACCACCACCAACAAAACACCACCACCUCCUCCAAAUCUACAACAGUCGAAACACGAAAAUGCCCCUCCUCACCACCCUCCUCACAACCUUCUGUUCCUGCUGCGGCCCCCCAAAACCACCCCCCAAAACUCACCACCACCACCACACCAACCACCCACCUCCACCCUUCCCCUUCUCCCCCUCGACAACCUCCCUCUCCUUCCCCUCUCCAUACCCAUACGACGCAACCCACCCAACGACAGACACAGACACCUACACAACCCCACCUUUACCAGCCUACACGCCCCGCCCCCACAGCAUCCACGAAAAGACCCUCGCGCUGCAUCUUCGUGAUGCACCAAUCUCUUCCUCCACCACCACUACCUAUAACUACAACGAUGAAAAAGCCCCUCUAUCUGAGCAACAACCCCAAGACCAACAAGGACAAGAACAAGGGGAAAGGCAACUAGGGGCAUCAGCCGACGACGCAUCCUCGGAAAUCUCCUUCCCGAGUACGCGGAGUUAUGGGAAUACGUCCACUGCGACGAGGGAGACGCCGCCGCCGCCGUAUUCGCCGAGGAGUAGGGGUAGUUGGAGGGGAAGUUGGAGGGGGGCGGAGUCGCCGGUACCGUCGUUGGUUAUGUCUAGUGCGAGUGGGAGUGAGGUGGAGUCGGAGUCGGUGGGGAGUGAGAGGGGAAGUGAGAAUGGGUUUAGUGGGGGAAUGGAGGAGGGUGAGAGGGAUAGGGAUGAGAUGGUGAGAAUUGCAGCGCCGAGAGCGGUAUUCUUUCCUACGGGGAGGGUGAUGAGGUGGGAUGGGGAGGGGAGUGUGGAUGGGGAUGGGGAUGAUUUGUAUGGUGGGAGGAGGGAGUGGGAGGGGAGGUGAAUCUCUCUUUCUCGUUCUCUAGAUUUGGUUUUGGUGUAUGAGUGGAUGAAGGGGGUUGGUUUAUCUUGUUUGGGAUUGCUGGGAUGGAGUUUGUUUGAUUCUACUGGGUGGAUGUUUAUCGAGGGUAUGGUAUGGUAUAUUGGUCUGGGAUGGUGGUAGAUAUACACACGGUAAGACGCCUUAUUGGGCUUAAUACGAAUCGGGUUGAGACAGGAGUUAUACAUAUGUGAUAAACUUUCAAUUAUCAAAUUAUGACUAUGGAUGUAUACUAUGAUGAUACCUUUCAUAUUCUAUCUCUACUUGAUCUGGUGCUAUGAAUGUGAAUAGUACAUCUAAUCUUCAUCACCCUAUUCAUGGAUAUACCUACUUAGCAAGCAAGUACAUUUAUCU